AUGCCCAGCUCGUGUCAGGAUAUCAGAGAGGCGCUGGCUCAAUGCUUGCAGGAGUCUGACUGUAUUAUGGUCCAGCGGCAUACGCCACGUGAAUGUCUGGCGUCGCCGCUCGCCGAAGAGUUGCCAAUGAAGUGUCAGCAGUUGCGCAAAGGGUUCAGCGAGUGCAAACGCGGCAUGAUCGAUAUGCGCAAGCGAUUCCGCGGAAACCACCCCAUCUCGGUAGCGAAGGAGAUGGACGAGAAGAAGCCGAGCUCCUCGGGGCAGCUGUACGCUGGGCGGCCAGCCUACACAUCCGUCAAGGAACUCAGUGGCGACGAGGUACAAAUGGACCCGGAGAAGACUCGUGGACUGUGA